AUGUUCAGCAAAUCUCUCAAGACCAUGAUACCUGCCGCUCUCGCUCUCUGUCUUGCUACGCUCAGCUUGGGUGCAAGCAUUGAAGCCCGCGAUGCCAACACGCUCGAACGCCGCCACACUGGUCCUUACACGUGGUGUGGCUUCCAGAGUGAAUACGAAGCUGGCAAAGUCGUCGGUGGUGGCUUCGAUCUUGUUUGGAAGUCGCACAAGUACAGCGUCAAGCCUAAUGGUGGCUUGAAGUCUGUGACUUACGAACCCCCUGUCGUUAUCGGCAAUUCGCUUAAGAAUGGCAAUUUCUACCUCGACGGGGGCAAUUGGCAGGUCGCGCUUGCACUCCACGUGGCCGAUGAUGGCGAUAUCGAAGGAGUGGCAAUCGCUGCGAUGACUGUCGACAAUAUCUCUCCACCUAAUGCGCCCUCGUUCGGAUUUCAGUGCAGUAGCGACACUGAUCAGAAGAACAAGGUCACCAUUCCUGCCAUGAUGAGACUCGCUCGUUCCGGUCGUCUGUUGAUGGCUUGUAUUGCUCAGGCUAUCGCUGCAACACGCGGCGCGCAAGUCGGCGGCAUAGCAAGAUUGACAAAACGCACGGAUUGGUUGACCAAUCGCCACUGUACCCUCGCCGCUGCUCUCAGCAACACACCCGUUGUUGCUCACCUGGAUUUCGAACUCAACUGGGACCCUCAGCAGCGCAAAUUUUUCCAGAUCUGGGUCUAUACCGACAAUCUCGGUACAGUCACGCCAUUUCUGGACACGGGCAAGCAGGUCAGUAAUGCUCGUACGACUAACUUCAGAGCAAAACGCAAAGGCCAUUGGCUCUGGGAUUUCUCGAUCAUAUACUAUGCCGAAGAGGGAGCGGACGAUACCAGCCUUUAUUUCAGCAUGGCGGAGACGACGACGAGCAUCUAUGGCGGCACCGUGACCACUAGCCCUGCGGCAGGCUACAACUUUGGUGGUACAUGCAAAGACGAUGUGGGUAACGACAUUCCAAUUGGCCUACCAGCCCAAAAACUUGACGCUGGUUACCUUGCGAUGUAUACAGGCAAUCAAAUGCACCUGCGCUACAACAAACAGCUCACUUGUCACAACUGA